AUGCGCCGCCAAAGCCUCGCCGCCGCCCUGCUCCUCCUGGCGGCCGCCGCGGCCCUGGCCGCCCCCGCCGCAGGGCAUUCGGCGGAGUCCUCCUGCCCCUUCCACGACCAUGGCGGCUACGACGAACCGCACGAAUACCACCACCACGGCGACGGCGACAGCUGCGGCGGCGGCGUGGACCAUGAGCACCACCAUCAUCACCACGGCCACGGCCACGGCGAGAUCCAGCGGCUGCUCCCGGAGGAGAUGGCGGAGGAGGCGGAUCUCGAGCUCGAGUCCUUCGGUUACGACGAGCACGACCAUGACCACGGCCACCACCAUCACCACGGCCACGGCGACAUGGAGACAUCGCCCAUGGGCGUGUGGCUGAGCGCGAUGGGGUGCUCGCUGCUGGUCAGUAUGGCGUCCCUCGUCUGCCUCGUCCUCCUCCCGGUCAUCUUCUUUCAGGGGAAACCGUCUAAGGCCAUAGUGGAUUCGCUUGCAGUGUUUGGGGCAGGAGCAAUGCUUGGAGAUUCAUUUCUUCAUCAGCUGCCACAUGCUUUUGGUGGAGGACACUCCCACUCACAUGAUCAUGAGGGUCAUGAUCAUGCUCAUGAGCAUGCACAUGCACACUCACUGGAAGAUCUUUCUGUGGGGUUGUCUAUACUAUUUGGCAUUGUACUGUUUUUUAUCGUUGAGAAAAUUGUGAGGUAUGUUGAAGACAAUUCUCAAAAUGGGGCUCAUAGCAUGGGUCAUGGGCACCAUCAUCAUAAUCAUAAACAGCAUAAUUCUAGUGAUAAAGCCAAAUUGAAUCACCAAAAGAGUGAUACUGAUGGUAAAGACAUUGAUCAUACUGAAGAGGAACCUUUGGUUGAUGGCGCCACUGGAAAAAUAAGUGAUGGCCAUGAAUCAAAAGCUACUAUACGCAAGAGGAGCUCAUCCAAAGCCACUGAUGGAGAGCCUGCCAAUUCUGAAAGUGAUCCUGCCCCUGAAAAGGCAUCAUCAAAUGUUGGUUCAUCAAUUUCAAACUCUAACUUAGUGUUUGGCUACCUCAACCUUUUCUCAGAUGGUGUGCAUAACUUCACUGAUGGGAUGGCUCUUGGGAGUGCCUUUCUGCUACAUGGUUCUGUUGGUGGCUGGUCCAGGACUUUAUUUCUUCUUGCACAUGAACUUCCCCAAGAGGUAGGAGAUUUUGGUAUCCUUGUGCGGUCAGGCUUCACGGUAUCUAAGGCCCUAUUCUUCAAUUUUCUCUCUGCGUUGGUUGCUCUUGCUGGAACAGCACUAGCAUUGUCUUUGGGUAAAGAUCCGGGACAUUCCUCCCUGAUUGAGGGCUUCACCGCUGGUGGUUUCAUUUACAUUGCUGUCGCGGGAGUCCUCCCACAGAUGAACGACCAGAAAACAACCCUUAAAAGCUCAGUCGCUCAGCUGAUCUCCCUCGCAAUGGGGAUGCUGGUCGCUCUAGGCAUUUCUCUGGUAGAAUGA